CAUCCCCCUCCUUGACAGUUUCUGCAGUGCAAAUAGUUAACUAGGGCGCCAGAAAGCAGAGUUACCAAAUACAUUCGUGUGAGCUCAGAGAAUACAUCACGCUAGUAGUGCUUUUCAUGGGAGAGACACAAUGGACCGGAUAAUUACGACUGCAAUAUUUUUGUCAGUGUUAAAAGCCGCCCUUUGUUUUAAUAUUGAUCCUGCGGCUUGGAAGGUCCUGACAAACCCUGCUGCAGGUUUUGGAUACCAGGUGGUGCAGAGACGAAGCAGUUUGCUUGUCAGUGCUCCUCUUGAACAAUAUUCACAAGAAGGAAGGGGGCAGAUAUACCAGUGCUCCACUGAACGCUGCAGUAGACUUUCAGUUCCAUUGCCAGAAUUUGCAGUGAACAUGUCUCUGGGUUUGACAAUGAUAAGUGAUCCCGCCACGCAAAACACUAUGGCAUGUGGUCCGACCAUCCCAAAGGACUGCAAAAGUAUCACCAUGUACAGUGGUGUGUGUUUGCAGAUAGACCGUUCUAACAAAGUUUCAAAGCCUAUACCCUCUUCUAAUAAAGAGUGCCGAUCAGCAGACAUUGCAUUCCUGUUGGAUGGUUCAGGCAGCGUAUCCAGAUUGGAUUUUAAAACAAUGAAGGAUUUUGUGAAAAAUCUGGUCCGUUCGCUUCUGCCUCUAGAUACAAAGUUUGCUAUUGCCCAGUUCUCUGCAAAUCCCAAAGUAGAAUAUUUCUUCAAUACCUUUUUCUCCGGAACUCAAUCAUGGGAAAAAAAAGUUGAUGAAAUUACGCAACUAAGGGGAUCAACUUACACAGCUGAAGCCAUCGAGUUUGUGGUCCAAAAUGUUUUCACAUCAACAGCAGGUGCCAGACCUAAUGUGAAGAAGGUCUUGAUAGUCAUUACCGAUGGAGCAUCUAAUGACCGGCGUUCAUUGCCAGAAGCAGCAGCUAAAGCUGAGGCAGAAAACAUUGUUCGAUUUGCUAUUGGAGUGGGGGAUGCAUUUACGGAUCCUCGUGCAUUAGAUGAACUGUACACCAUUGCAUCAUCUCCCAAAGACAAUCAGGUGUUUCAAGUGGAAAACUUUGAAGCACUUGAAAAAAUAAGGCAGAGUUUGCAGGCCAAAAUCUUCUCUAUUGAAGGAUCACAAACAGGUGGGGAGUCACUGAAAAUGGAAAUGGCUCAAGAGGGAUUCAGUGCAGCUUUUGUGCCUGAGGGAAUUCAGAUGGCUAUGGUUGGUGCUAAUGUGUGGAAGGGAGGCUUCCAGCAAUACUCACUUCAAGGCCAGCGGCCCAUCUCCUACGAGCCGAGUAUAGACACGGACAGUUAUCUGGGUUACUCCAUGGCAGUCGCGAGAACAAGGCAAGGCACAUUGACAAUUGCUGGUGCUCCACGAUAUCAUCACCAAGGAGCUGUGAUGGUCAUUUCCCAAAACUGGAAUCGCCAAAAUAUCGAGCUCCCUCAAUGGCAGUCUCAGAGUGGUGAAUAUUUUGGGGCUGUUGUUUGUGCCAUGGAUGUGGAUCGUGAUCGUGACAGCUACACUGAUCUAAUCCUGAUAGCUUCCCCAAUGUUCAUGGACACUGACAGAGAGGGAAGAGUUUACGUUUGCAGCCUGACUGGUUUGAUUGUCGAGUGUCGAUUAGAUGGCUUUCCGUCAGUACUGAGAGGGGUGGCAUCUGACAAAGGAAGGUUUGGGUCAUCUCUUGCUGUACUGCCUGAUCUUAACACAGAUGGUUUCAAUGACUUGGCGGUUGGCGCUCCUUUGGAGAAUGACGGUCAAGGCAGCAUCUACAUAUUCCACGGCGAAGGAAGAGGAAAAAUCAGUCUUGAUCACUCACAGAGAAUUACUGGAUCUGAAGUCUCGCCAGGACUAAAGUUCUUCGGCAUGUCGAUCAGUCAGUCAUCUUAUGACCACAAUAGGGACAAUCUGCCCGACUUAGCGGUGGGUUCAAAGGGCACGGUUGUUUUACUUAGAUCAAAACCAAUAGUGAUGGUUGAAGGUGAAGUGUCGUUCAGUCCAAACCAAAUCCCGACUCAAAACUCAGACUGCUUGACACCACUGGAGAACACAGCUACAAUCUGCUUUACCAUGACCAGGCACUCUACAGUAGAACAAGCACGAGCACAGAUUAAAUAUACUUUAACACUGGAUGCCACCCGCAAAGUCCCAAACAACCGAGCUUACAUUAGUGCGAAACAACGAGAACAGACAGGAGAAGUUGCUCUCGACUUAAAGCAGCCACAAUGCGCCAUGGUGAAAUUCUUUGUCCAGGCUUGUCCAGAAGAUGCUCUCAAUGCACUUUACAAUGAACUCAAAUUCACCUUUGAAGGAGUUCCCUCUGACCAAAAUCUAUCUCCGAGUCUCGCCCAGCAGGCGCAGACAACAACCUUUCAUCCUUUAGAGUUUGAGAUCAACUGCGGCACAGACAAUGAAUGUACAGAUAACCUGAAAGUGGAUUUCAACUUUACUGGCUCCUCAGAGGUUAAAGUGGGUAUUGAUGAACUGUUGGAUGUUACCGUCUCAGUGGAGAACAGCGACGAAAACUCCUACAACAGCCGCGUCAUUCUCACAUACCCAGCUGGGUUCUCCUACAGGAAGUUUACAAUCCUACAGGGAAGAAUUGUGUGCAACUCCUUGGACAGUGAAGAUGCUGUAACGCGAGGAAAGACAGACUGCAGCAUAGAAAAGCCUAUUUUUAAAGCGAACACAAAGGUUUUAUUCAUCGUCUCCUAUGGGUUCGAAACCAAUAGUCAACUUGACAGGAGGAUUUUUAUCACUGCAAAUGCUACCAGUGGGAAUCAGGCACACUCCAGCCAAAGCCAGCUCUACAAAAGGAAGGAGAUUGAUGUGAAGUACAGCAUUUUUGCAACAAUUGAAAGUUUUCUCAGGUACAGCAAUUUCUCUUUCGGAAAGAAUGAUUUGCAGAAACCGGUCCAUCAACCAAUUGUGGUUACAAAUGACAUCAGAGCAUUAAAUUUCACUGUAGUGAUUAAGGUGCCGGUGAAGCUCGGUGAUAAAGACAUCUGGGUGGAUUCUGACAGUUUGCAGCUUCCAGACUGCCAAAGAUACCCAGAUGAAGAACCUACUGUCACAGAUUUUGUUGCCAAGAUACAGAAAAAUAAGUUAGUGGACUGUUCUGUAGCUCGGUGUAGUGUGUUGAGGUGCAGCAGGUUCAUGGAAAGACUGGAGAGUAAAACAUACAACAUCUCUGCCAACCUCAGCUCUGGAUGGAUAGAGCAGAUUGGACUUAAAUCUGCCAAGUUCCUCUUGACCAGCACAGCCACUCUGGAGUAUGACAGAAACCAGUACAUCUUCACCUCAGCAGGGUCUAAUAACCCUCCUGUUCGCAAGAUUGAGGUGGAGGUAGAAGUGUAUACUGACCCAGACUUCACCAAAGAGAUUAUCGGAGGAUCCCUCGGAGGGUUGGCUUUCCUCGCUUUACUCACUGCUGGCUUGUAUAAGGCUGGGUUUUUCAAGAGCAAAUACAAGCAAAUGAUUACUGAUGAACCAGCAGAUAUGGAGGGUGACGAUGGUGGACUCACACCAGAAUAACAAGCAUGAAGUCACCUGAUGCCCCACAGAAACCCAAAUUGUUCCAGAUCCAAUAUAUACAUACAAUAGAGCUGGCCAGCUGAUUUUGCAGCUGACUGCAAAACAACAAAACUGUUAAAUGGCGCUGUUAUUGCUGAUUGGUUCAUCUGCGCCAUUAAUCAGAGUUGUUCAGUUUUUAUAACGUUCUGCCAUUUUCAGAAAUCUACAUGACUUUUGUUGAAGACCACUCUUGAUUUUUUAAACUAAAAGCUUGGCUGUGUCUGAAAUCACUCCCUCACUCACUCAUUCACUGCUUUUUUUUCUAAGAAGUCCUGAAAUGAUUCCUAGAAAAUAAAAAUGUUUAAAUAGUGGAGUGUAAAUGCUGUGCACUAAAGGUUAUAGCACAUAGAGCAGGAUUUUGGACACAGAUCAUAUGAUGUAAUGUGGCAGGAGGCUUCUCAAAAUGGCUAUAAAUUUUUCGUAUCCAAAUUUUCAACUGAAUAGCUCACUGUUGGUCUAUAAUAGGGAUGCACGAUAUUGAACUUUUUGCAGAUAUCAAAUAUGUCAAUGUAUAAUAAUUAAUUUGCCUAAUAGCUGAUACCAAUAUCAAUACAUCCACUUUUUCCCCACCCACUUUUAGGGAUCAUCAAGUCUCCUCUGUAGUGGAAUUAAUAUCAUAUUAUGCAAACUCUCAUUAUGAUAGCCCACCAGCAGAUGGAGACAUAAAAUACAAUGCUUUUCAAUGUAUAUAAUAUUUAUUAUUUGAGGAAAAUAAGAA